GUCGUGAUGCCGCCCCCGAGGAGCAAGAAGCCCAGAUAGACGCCCUGCGGCCCGGGUCGUGGAGCCGCCCGAUGCUGGCAGCGGGGCCCGCCAUGGACGGCGAGUUUCCUCAGCAUGAGCCCCCGCCGGCGGGCGGCAUCCUGUACAGCCCGCCGCCGCUGCAGAGCCCGCUGUGUGGGUCCAGCGUCCAGAACACCAUGCUGCGCUACCCGUGGUGGAGUGCCUUCGCACCCACGCCAUAUCCAGCCUUCUCCAGUGAAAGCCACGAGUUCAUGAGCUCCACCUCCUUCAUCGUCAGCCAGCCCUGCGCGGACGCCGGCUAUGGGCCCUCCACCACCACCCCCAGCUUCCUGCCAAAGACAGGCGACUUCCCUCAGGAUUCCACGUACCUCGAUGACCUCUCCAACGCCUCCAUCUUCUCCUCGUCCGUGGACUCCCUCUCAGACAUCGCGGACACGCCCGAUUUCCUGCCGGCCGAUAGCCUCAGCCAGGUGCCCACCAUCUGGGAUGUGAGCACCGGCCCCUCCGCCCAGGACAAGCUGCUCCUGCCCAGUGGGCCGUGGACGGGCGGUGAGGACCCCGUGUCCUCUCUCUCCAGCACCCCACUCCUCGUCAGCUACCAGUCUCAGAAUCAGCCUGAGGAGGAGGAGGAUGCGGAGGAGGAUGAGGGGGAGGAGCUGGGCCACACGGAGACCUACGCCGACUACGUGCCCUCCAAAUCCAAGAUUGGGAAGCAGCACCCGGACCGAGUGGUGGAGACCAGCACGCUGUCCAGUGUCCCUCCGCCAGACAUCACCUACACCCUCGCCUUGCCCGCUUCUGACAGCGGGGCCCUGUCCGCCCUGCAGCUGGAGGCCAUCACCUACGCCUGCCAGCAACACGAGGUCCUGCUCCCCAGUGGGCAGCGGGCCGGUUUCCUCAUCGGCGACGGCGCGGGCGUUGGCAAAGGGCGCACGGUGGCGGGCAUCAUCCUGGAGAAUUACCUGCGGGGCCGGAAGAAGUCCCUGUGGUUCAGCGUCUCCAACGAUCUCAAGUAUGACGCGGAGCGCGACCUUCGGGACAUCGAUGCCCCAGGCAUCACGGUGCACGCGUUGAGCAAGAUCAAGUACGGCGACAACACUACCUCAGAGGGCGUCCUCUUCGCCACCUACUCUGCCCUGAUCGGGGAGAGCCAGGCCGGCGGGCAGCACCGCACGCGCAUCCGCCAGAUCUUGGAGUGGUGUGGGGAGGCCUUCGACGGAGUCAUCGUGUUUGACGAGUGCCACAAAGCCAAGAACGCCAGCUCCACGAAGAUGGGCAAGGCCGUCCUGGACCUGCAGAACAAGCUGCCCCUGGCCAGGGUGGUCUACGCCAGCGCCACAGGUGCCUCUGAGCCCCGGAACAUGAUCUACAUGAGCCGCCUGGGCAUCUGGGGCGACGGCACGCCCUUCCGGACCUUUGAGGAGUUUCUGCAUGCUAUCGAGAAGAGGGGCGUGGGCGCCAUGGAGAUCGUGGCCAUGGACAUGAAGGUCAGCGGCAUGUACAUCGCACGCCAGCUCAGCUUCGCUGGCGUCACCUUCCGCAUCGAGGAGAUCCCACUGACCCCAGCCUUCGAGCGGGUCUACAACCGCGCGGCCCUGCUGUGGGCCGAGGCCCUGGGCGUGUUCCAGCAGGCCGCCGACUGGCUUGGCCUGGAGUCCCGCAAGUCCCUGUGGGGCCAGUUCUGGUCGGCCCACCAACGCUUCUUCAAGUACCUGUGCGUCGCCGCCAAAGUGCGCCGGCUGGUGGAACUGGCCCGGGAGGAGCUGGCCCGCGACAAGUGUGUGGUCAUCGGGCUGCAGUCCACGGGUGAGGCCCGGACCCGGGAGGUGCUGGACCAGAAGGAUGGGCAGCUCGAUUGCUUUGUCUCCGCAGCUGAGGGUGUCUUUUUGUCACUCAUUCAGAAGCACUUUCCUUCGAACAAAAGAAAGCGAGAGAGAGGCGCAGGCAGUAAGAGAAAACGGCGGCCGCGGGGCCGCGGGGCCAAGGCGCCCAGGCUGGCGUGCGACGUGGCCGGCGUGAUCCGCAUCAGUGAUGACAGCAGCACCGAGUCCGACGCCGGCCUGGACAGUGACUUCCACUCCUCCCCGGAGUCCGUGCUGGACGACGACGUGGUCCUCCUGGACGCCGCUGGGCUGCCGGCCGAUGACCGCGGGCCCCUGUGCCCCCUGCAGCGAGACCCACACGGCCCCGGCGUCCUGGAGCGCGUGGAGCGGCUGAGACAGGAUCUGCUGGCCAAGGUGCGGGCGCUGGGCCGGGAGCUGCCGGUCAACACUCUGGACGAGCUCAUCGACCAGCUGGGGGGCCCUGAGCACGUGGCUGAGAUGACUGGCAGGAAAGGCCGAGUGGUGUCCAGGCCCGACGGGACAGUGGCCUUCGAGUCUCGGGCCGAGCAAGGCCUCUCCAUUGACCAUGUGAACCUCAGGGAGAAGGAACGCUUCAUGAACGGGGAGAAGCUCGUGGCCGUCAUCUCCGAGGCCUCCAGCUCUGGCAUCUCCCUGCAAGCAGACCGCCGGGUCCGGAACCAGCGGCGCCGGGUCCACGUGACGCUGGAGCUGCCCUGGAGUGCGGACCGCGCCAUCCAGCAGUUCGGCCGGACCCACAGGUCCAACCAGGUGUCGGCCCCCGAGUACGUCUUCCUCAUCUCAGAGCUGGCCGGGGAGCGAAGGUUCGCCUCCAUCGUUGCCAAGCGGCUGGAGAGCCUGGUCAGCUGUGACCCAGGCUCCCCUGACGCCCCUCCUCUCUGUACUCAGUACGGGGCCCGGGCCCUCAGCUGCGUCCUCACCACCAUCCUGAGCCAGACUGAGAACAAGGUGCCGCUGCCCCAGGGCUACCCUGGAGGAGAUGCUGCCUUUUUCCGGGAUAUGAAGCAGGGGCUGCUGUCGGUCGGCAUUGGUGGGCGCGAGUCCCGGUCUGGCUGUCUGGAUGUGGAGAAGGACUGCUCCAUCACCAAGUUCCUGAACCGCAUCCUGGGGCUCGAGGUGCACAAGCAGAACGCGCUGUUCCAGUACUUCUCGGACACCUUCGACCACCUCAUCGCCGCGGACAAGAAGGAGGGCAAAUACGACAUGGGCAUCCUGGACCUGGCUCCAGGCGUCGACGAGAUCUAUGAGGAGAGCCAGCAGGUCUUCCUCGCCCCCGGGCACCCGCAGGACGGGCAGGUGGUCUUCUACAAGAUCAGCGUGGACCGCGGCCUGAGGUGGGACGAGGCUUACGCCAAGUCCCGGGAGCUAACGGGCCCCCAUGAUGGCUUCUACCUCUCCUACAAGGUCCGGGGCAACAAGCCCAGCUGCCUCCUGGCGGAGCAGAGCCGCGGCAAGCACUUCACCGUGUACAAGCCCAACGUGGGCCGCCAGAGCCAGCUGGAGACUUUCGACAGCCUGUGCCGCAAGUUCCACUGGGUGCCGGCGGAGGAGGCCAGGGAGCACUGGGAGAGCAGCUAUGCCUUCUCGCUGACGCACUGCAGCCACACGGCAUGCUGUGACAUCAACUUUAAGGAGGUGCUGGAGGACAUGCUGCGCUCCCUCAACGCUGGGCCGCCCCCCGGGCCCCCCGGGCCCGGCGCCGGGGCAGCCGGGGCACCUGGGGGCAGCGGGGGUCCCGAGCGGCAGAGCGUCAUCCAGUUCGGCCCCCCCUUUCCCAACUCAUAGGCCCGGCAAGCGGCCCACAGCCGGUGUCCGAGAGGAAACUUAUUUAUCUGCAAUAUGCACCACGUCUGCGUGGACUCAAUCUCUCCUGCCGAAGUGGGUGGUGAGCGGGUGGUGAGCAGGGGCCCGGGUUCCCCGCUGACUCCUGAGGGAGGGGCUGCAGUGCCCCCUCCCGCCCCCAGCUUCCGGAGGCCGUUCCACUGCAGUGCCUUCCCCGCCCGCCCUUCUGGGCCCUCCCAGGCAGCACAGGCCCCACUCAGGACGACUUGGGGUCUGGGCUUGGGCAGGGCCUGGGGGUGGGGGGCACACCCUCCCCGUGCCUCGGUCCUCUCCUGCCCUCCAGGCCUAGGCAGGGGCUCCCCACCCACCCUACAGGGCCUGGUCUGACCAGAAACCCUGAAAUCCACAAAACUGGGUGGCCCCAAGAGCUGGAAACUCAGGAAACCCCAGGUGCUCAGGGCCCUGCCUUCUCUGGGGGACUCCAUGGGACAGACCCCACCCCCAUGAAUAUAUGCAAUUCUCCCCACUCUUUGCUCCCUAAAUUAUUGUCCAGCCGCCUGUCCCAGACCCCAGGAUCCGCUGUGGAGCUGGCGGUGUGGGUGGGCCCCUGGUUUCUAUGUGUAUUUAUAAUUAACUCCAGUGUACAUAAUGUAAAGAGAUCUUUUUUAAAUAUAUGUGCCUUUUCACUACUC